UCUAAUUAAAGUAAUCCAUAAUUGGAUAUGAGGAAAUUCUGUGCUUUACCCUUUAAGCAACUACACAGGAAAAGACAAAUGUAUUGACUUGAUAAACGAGUGAGAGAAUAUUGACAUUAACCUAGUUCUACUAGGUUGUCCAGUCCAAGUGUGCAAACUCAAGAACAGUGGCUUACAGACAACUCACUUCUAGAUUGUUUUGACGUAGCUCUUAAGUACAUUUUCCCCAUAGUCAUUCUGCCCUAACAUUCUGAGUGGUUGACCUUUUUUUUUUCCCUCGAGGGUUUCAAUAUGUAACCCAGAGUGGCCCAGAACUCAAAACCUUUCUGCCUCAGCCUCCAAGUGCAGGAUUACAGAGUUUCACAGGCCAUCAUGGCAGUCAAGUGGACUGGUGGACAUUCUUCUUCUAUCCUCUGCCUGAAUGCAAGUAAAGAUGGGCUGGUGGCUUCAGGAGCAGAGGGUGGAGAUCUUGUGGCUUGGGGUGAAGAUGGGACUCCAUUAGGCCACGUGCGGUUGGAAGGGGCCAAUGACGUCACCAGCGUCUUGUUUUCUCACUCCUGCCCCACCACGCUUUAUGCCUCCCACGGAGAAAUCAUCAGUGUACUAGAUGUCAGGUCUCUUAAAGGGUUGGUGGACCAUUUUCAUGUGAAUGAGGAAGAAAUCAAUUGUCUUUCACUAAAUGAACCUGAAAGCCUGUUGGCUUCUGCUGAUGACUCUGGGGCGAUCAAAAUCCUGGACUUGGAAAAGAAGAAAGUUACCAGAUCCCUGAAGAGACAUUCUAACAUCUGUUCCGCUGUGGCUUUCCGACCUCAGAGGCCUCAGAGCCUGGUGUCGUGCGGCCUGGAUAUGCAGGUGAUGCUGUGGAGUCUUCAAAAAGCCCGUCCCGUCUGGAUUACGAAUUUACAAGAGGAUGAAACAGAGGAGAUGGAAGGCCCCCAGUCCCCCGGCCGGCUCCUAAACCCCGCACUAGCCCACUCUGUCUCUGUAGCAACAUGUGGCAAUGUUUUCAGCUGUGGUGCAGAGGAUGGUAAGGUGCGCAUCUUCAGGGUGAUGGGAGUCAAAUGUGAUCGAGAAUUGGGAUUUAAGGGUCACACUUUGGGGGUAUCCCAGGUGUGCUUUGUGCCCGAGUCCUAUCUGCUGCUUACUGGAGGGAAUGAUGGGAAGAUAAGGUUAUGGGAUGUGAGCAGUGAAAUAGAGAAGAAACAGAAGAGUCCUGCAAAGCAUGCCCACAGGAAGAAAGCAAAAAGAGCAGCGUGCCCCAAGCAGGGUGAGAACUCCAGUGCCACAGCCGCGGAUGACGAGGGGCAUGCGAGGAUUGGGCCAAAACUCGACAUUGAACAUGGAGAAAAAGUGAACUGGCUCUUGAGUACAAAGAUAAAAGGACACCAAAGCCUCUUAGUGGCUGACCAGACGAGCUGUGUGUCUGUGUACCCCUUAAACGAACUUUAGGCCCAAUAAAAAGCACUGUAGGAACUCUGAUAAA